AUGGCUCCGUCUUCUACUCAAGUUGCUCAGUUAGUUUCGGAGGUUGAAGCGAAGGUUUCAGCGCUUUCCUCGAAGCUCGAUACCGCCGUUCAGGGUCUUCAAGAGAAGUCGACGUCUCAUGAUGAUGCGAUGCAACGGAUCUUCGAAGCACUGGACCAGAUCUGCCUUGAUAUGAAAGGGAUGAGACCAUCCACCGAUGCAGGUUCAGGGGUUUCAACGGAAGUCACAGGAUCCACCGCACCGUCACAGACGGUACCGCCUACGGUAUACGUUACUCCUUCUACGCCGGUUAAAAACAAGGGUGAAGGACUCUUACCGCUUCCCCCUUUAGCGGUUCCAAUGCAGUUGAUGGCAACUACUCAGAGUUCCAGCAAGUACCAACACUUAGCUCUGCUUGAUUUGCCUGGCAGAUCUCUUGGUUCUCCAGGAAGGCGGUUAGAUCCACCGGUUUUUGAGGGUCAAACCCCAGACGACUGGAUUUUUCGCAUGGAAAAGUUUUUCCUGCAACGUCAAAUCAUCGAACACAUGAAGGUGAACGAGGCGAUGGAGUGUAUGGCAGUAGGCGCACUGGUUACUUGGUUGCGCGGGAUACAGGUGAGGGGAUCAUUUCGAGAUUGGCCGGACUUUAAACAUAAGUUUAGGAAACGAUUCAUACCAAGUCAUGGUGGAUCUAUGGUGUGGCAGUUGCUGAGCAUCAGGCAGAUAGGAUCCACUGAAGAGUACAGAGAGCGAUUCGAAGAGUUGAUUGUGGAGGUACCACACGUGACGGAUGAUUUAUUGGAGGGCAUCUUUCUCAAGGGAAUGCAUAGGAACAUUCGACACCAGGUUAUGCGAACUAUACCAGUGGGUAUUGAUGAGAUCGUUGACAUGGCUCGACUCAUUGAAGAACAGGAAGCGGAUUGCACUUUUGCUCAGGCUAACCACAACUCUAGAGGUGUGGUUCGUACUAAUUCUGCACCGACGUUACACCGUCAGUCAAACACGAAUCCUGGUACUGGUGGGGAGUUCACUCCUGCGAGGAAGUCUUUUGAAGGAGACCAUCGUUGUAAGAAUCAAAAGCUCAAAUGCUUGGAGCUAGGGGAGACCAGCGGUAGCAGUCCAACUCCUGAGGAUGAAGAAGAGUAUGCCAGUGAUGAGGAACCGGAUCUCAAGGGUGAAGCUCAGACUCUGAUGCACUUAUCCUUGCGAUCGAUGGUGGGAUUAACCACAGAGAAGUCUAUGCGGAUGCUAGGCAGAAUAGGCGAUCAAGAGGUGAUCGUCCUUAUCAAUUUUGGGGCUACUAGCAACUUCAUCUCCGAAGAGACAGCGAACAGAUGUUCCUUGACCAUCACACCUACGAGGGGAUUUGUAGUAGCUGUUGGUGAUGGACAAGUCAUUACUGGCCAAAAUGUAAUGCUUGGCUACUCAUGGCUAGAAACCCUGGGCGAAACACGGGUUAACUGGGGACUGCAUACAUUGAGACAAGGAGACAUGGCUUACAUGCUUGAAUUGUCUGAGUUGUUUUCGGGUCCUAACGGCACCAAGGACCAACCUAUGGAACCCGUGAUCCAAAAGUUGCUGCACAGGUACAAGAAGGUUUUUCAACUUCCUCAAGGCUUACCACCAUCCAUAGAGCGUGAACAUGCUAUUACCUUACAGCAAGGCACCGCACCCAUUAAGGCUAGACCAUACCGCUACUCUUUUACUCAGAAAAAUGAGAUGGAGAAAUUGAUAAGGGAAAUGUUGGAAGCUGAGAUAAUUCGCCAAAGCAUCAGUCCUUACUCAAGCCCUGUACUCUUAGUUAAGAAGAAGGAUGGUGGCUGGAGUUUCUGCGUUGACUACCGCGCACAGAAUAAGGCAACGAUCCCAGAUUGCUAUCCUAUUCCCAUCAUAGAGGAGUUGUUGGACGAGCUACGAGGAGCAGAGAUUUUCUCUAAACUUGAUCUUAAGUCAGGGUAUCACGAGAUACGAAUGAAGGCUGCUGAUGUUGAAAAUACAGCGUUCCGCACACACGAAGGACACUAUGAAUUUUUAGUGAUGCCAUUCGGCCUCACCAAUGCACUAGCCACAUUCCAAUCAGUCAUGAAUGAGGUUUAUCGUCCCUUCUUGCAAUAA